AGUUUCGUUUAAUAUCAAGAUGGACAUUAAAUUUAUUCCAGCGGAAGAUGUUAAGAAAGUUCUACAGUAUAACGAUCUCAUACCUCAGAUGGAAUCAGCGCUGAAGAAAUUCUCCAGUAAAUCUAUCGAGCAUCCCGUUAGAUCGAUUGUCCAAGUGAAGAAAGUAAAUGGGUUUUUGGGAGUGAUGCCAGCUUAUAGUCCAGAGGAUGAGGCAUUGGCUGUUAAGUUGGUCACUUUUUUCCCACAGAACACUGGAGUACCAACUCAUAAUGCCAUUAUACCUGUGUUCAAUGCACAGACAGGAAUUCCAGAAAUAUUAAUGGAUGGAGAAGUGAUUACCACAAUGAGAACGGCUGCUGUUUCUGCAAUAGCUACAAAGCACCUUUGUGCACCAAAUCCCCAGGUUCUUGCUGUUUUAGGAUCUGGAGUUCAGGCUCGCUCUCACAUUCAGGCUCUGUCAUCCAUUAUGUCAUUCCAAAAGAUAAAUAUCUGGAGUAGAACCAAAAAGAAUGCAAUGUCUCUAGCUGGGGAGGUGGGUGGAACAGCUUAUGAUACUGCAGAGGAAGCUGUCAAAGAUGCAGACGUCAUUGUAACAGUUACGUCAUCAGCAACACCUGUAUUGAAGAAGGAAUGGGUAAAACCGGGUGGACAUAUCAAUGCUGUGGGUGCCUGUCGUCCGGACUGGCAGGAAAUUGACCCAGAUCUGGUGAGGGCCAGUGUUCUCUAUGUGGACAGCCGUGAUGCUGCUCUGAAGGAAAGCGGUGACGUUAUUCUCUCAAAGGCAGAAAUUUUCAGUGAGCUUGGAGAAAUGCUACUGGGAUUGAAAGAAGCUAAAGUUAGAGAAACAACACUGUUUAAAUCCCUAGGACUUGCCAUUGAAGAUGUUAUGUCUGCCAAACUGGUUCAAGAUCUGCUGACAAAAAAAUGAAGUGUCGAGGAAAAAAAGGACAGAAGUGAAUUAUAAAUAGUAUUUACAAAGUUUUUUUGUAUAUACAUCUUGAUCAAUCAAAAAUUGAAUAUUCCAGGCACUACUUUACUAGUUUAUACGUUUAUGUGUUGAAUACAUCAUUUAAUCAGUUACUGAAAUAUUAAUGAUACCCAGAAAAUGUUUAUGAUUGUCUAAAAAAAAAAAUACAUAUAUGUUUUAAAAUAUGUCAUAUUCAUUGUCCAAUAUUUUUACUUUGAUUUACAUUUUUGUGAAAGUCUUUCAAUAUAUAAUGUUCUUAUAAAAAUAUGGGUCCCGGUGUCUCAGUA